UUCGGACGCGCGGGUGAAUAAUGGUAAACAAACUCGCGAUGGAGGACAAAAAUCAGGAAAAUAUCGAGAAUAAGGACAUAAAUCAGGAGAAUAAGGACAAUAACCAGGACACUACCUCGCCGGAAUAUGACCCUAAUGUCAAUCAAGAUGAGCUUAUCAUGGCACAGGAAAAGCAAAUUGCAGAGGAGAUAAAGGCAAAGACAGCUAUGGUGGGAACUUUAGAGAGUUUGUCGUCGCUGGAAAAAGAAUACUCACAUGACCCAGUGUACUCAAGCAAGGUUGUGACUCUAAUGCCCAAGUUCUCCAAUGUCCGGCGCACCAGACCAGAUGGGAACUGUUUUCUAAGGGGGUUUAUCUUCGCUUACCUUGAAUACUGCAUCCAUCAUAGGGAGGAAUUGUCCAGAUUCAAGAAAUACCUAGAGGGCAGCAAAGAGGAACUUUUUGAGAUGGGAUUUCCAAAAUUCACAACUGAGGAUUUUCAUGAUAUGUUUAUGGAGGUUGUGAGCGACUUGGAAGGCAGUGGAAGUGUCGAGCGUGUAGAAGCUGUGUGUAAUGAUGCUGGCACUUCCGACUACCUGGUGGUGUAUCUUCGUCUCCUUAUAUCAGCACACCUUCAGAAAAAUGCUGAAUUCUUUAGUUGUUUCAUCGAAGGGGGAAGAACAGUAGAAGAAUUCUGUAAACAGGAAGUUGAACCAAUGUACCGAGAGUGCGACCAUCUUCACAUAGUUGCCUUGACGUCUGCCUUGGGAGUUGGUGUGAGAGUGAUGUACCUUGACCGGGGUGAGGGUGCCACGGUUCUUUCGCAUGACUUCCCGGAGGACAAGGACCCCAUCAUCCACCUCCUGUAUCGGCCGGGCCACUAUGAUAUACUGUACAAGGCAUAAUGAUAACUUGUCACUGUAGUUUGUUGAAAUAUUAGGUUUUCAAAGCCAAUGUUCUGUCUUUGGCGGGGAUUCACUUGCUCACUUGUAGAUCUUCUCAAAGGAUCAAGUUCUCUUUGAAAAGCUCUUCUUUUGGCAGUUCAUCUUUCUCUGUCUGUCUAUUAACUCUUUCAGUUGCUGUCUUUAUUUACUUUUCUGGCUUGGCUUCUUUUUCUUUGAUUUGUCUGCCCCUGCUUCUUGCUCUUGUUUAUGUCUGCUUUUGUCUCUCUUUCUCUCUCCCUGCCCUCCUUUUUCGUUAUUAUUAUUAUUUUUUGUCAUGUUAUAUUUCGUAGAUACACUUACAGGAUAUUUUUUAUGUCUGACAUAAUAUAGCUUUACCAAGAUAUAGUAUUCGUAUCAGUAUUUAUGAAUGUAGAGUGAGAUCCAUUUUAUAUCUGUAGUUACUGAUCAGUCAAUUUGUUUAUUUAUCUGCAUUCAAGCACUUCAGUAUGUCAUUGUAGCAUGUCCACUGAAGGGAGCAAGAUUUUGUUACACCCACGAGCAUCAGUGAAUAUUUUAUACAAAAUUGGUGAUAGAACAAAUUGGCUCUGAUAUUUUACAGUAGACGUACAAUUUUGCAUUACAAACAUGUUAUCUUUGUGUGCUUUUUUCUAAUGUGCUAUUGUUCACCCUUCAGGAUUUAAAGUACAGACAGACACAGGCAUAGAUAUACACAAUUAAUCUAUAUAGCAAUGUCAUUUCAAACAAACAACAUAUGUACACAUGCUCUUGCUCGCUUUUAUCUUGUGAAUAUAACACUUUUUUAUAUUUGUUCAGAAUGUGAACUGAACUCCAAAGUACAAUAUGACCUCUCCAAGCUUCAGAUAUUUUGAAACCGUUUCAGGAAAACCUCAAGCCCUUUCUUACUCAAGGAUGUGCAAGUGACAAGGGACAAUGAUAAUAAUGUAGAAAAUGGACCACCACUUUUAAAAGAGUAAAUAAAAUCAAAAGUUUGA